UUCUGGUCCCUCCUUCGCCAGGGUUCAUUCGCGGUGCCGGUGCCAGCCCCGGCCCGGACCUGGUUGCAUCUCUCGGGGGCGAGAAGGAGGAGAGGACGAGGACUGCUCCACCGACCGCAGCCACGGAAUUGCUGGCCGUUCUCCAGAUAGGACGGCACUGACUGAAGAGCGAGUCUAACAACUUGGACCGCCGCGCCGUUACCCCCCGGCAGGAGGGGGGAUUGCGUUGGGAUCGGACGCUACCCGGAGCUCAGGAUGAAAUCGCAGCGUUGGAAUUUCACCCGCUGGCCAGCUCUGGACGCAAGGAGCGGUCAGCCGUGACCUGGCCGCCUUCAACCCCGGUCUUUGCCCCAAAGAGCACUGGAAACACAAGGUUGCUCGGGUCAGAGAUGAAUAAUUCUUAUGUGACUCUGACUGAAGUUCUGGAGGCCAAGGGAAGCCCUGUUGAAGAUGAUGACAUCUGGGCUUUGUUACUGCAAGCCUCAGAGGUCCUGCAGGAGAAUUCUGUGGAAGGUGCUGCCUUCAGUUACAUCAUCUGCCCCUGGUCAGUGCUGUUGUCAGCAAGGGGUGAAUUAUCUUUCCGAAGCAAUGCCUCGGGGGGAGACAUCUACGCAUUUACUGCCCCAGAAAUACUCCAGGGGAGACGGUUGAGCUCACAGCUUGCAAUAGAAAAGAUGCAUGUGUACUCUCUGGGGAUGACCUUGUACUGGGCAGCGGAUUACCAGCUUCCUGAAGCACAGCCCAUCCAGCUCGGUGACCAGCUGAACGAUCUCCUCCUGAGUAUGUGUGAUGACAUGCCACUCCAGAGAGUAUCCUUGGACACCAUUGUACAAAUCUGCGAGGCACGUUGGCAGAGCUCAGGAGUGGUUCCGCCAAGCACGUACCUGAAGGAACUUGCUCAACUGGUGCUGGGAAGCACAGCGGAGGGGGACGAGGGAGAGCAGAGGGACAGCGCCGUGAUUCAGCACGAUCGGAGCGCGGUGAUACGGGAGAGAUUGCAUCGAAAAACAUUGCCUGAGAUGCCUGUCGUGACUCGCCGAACCGUCACCCACAAAGAGGAGGACAGAUUUCCUCAGAGGGCUGAGGCGGGGCUUGACUUGAGGUUGUCCAGCGGAUCCCUGAGUGAACUGAACUCCCUCCAUUCAGGGCCCAUCACCAAGAGCUUCAGCCAAGACCACAUCCUUCAGAACUACGGUGCCAAAUCUUCCACUACUGCCCCAGACACGAACGGAAGUGGCGCCAUUUCCAAACCCCUCAUGGGAGUUUCUUCUUACCUGUCUAAAUCUAAGGAGUUUCUCAAUGGCCGACCGCAGCAGGCAGAUCUGGGAGACAAGGGGAUGCAUAGUUCUUCCGAAGCUUGCAUCACUUCUGCAUUGGAUGCCUAUGCAAGAGCCAAGGAGAGGCAAGGAAGGUGGCAGAGAUCGGAGCAUGCAGGCCCAGUGGAGGGAAGCUGGCAUCGGCAGGAAGAGUGGAGAACGCAAAACAGGAAUUCGAUAGCAAGCCGUUACCGACACCUCACCGACAGGUCGUUGAGUACGUUAAGUACCAACUCCAGUGGCAUCCACUUGGAGAGUGAACGUGAUUACCUACUGAGUGGGGGCACGUACAUCCCAGCUGCAUUCCUGAACGAGGCAACGAGCUUGCCGCAGAGAGCCGCUUCAGUGCCCUGCUUUUUGCACCAAAAGGGAAAGCAGCGAUAUUCUGGGCCAGAGUUUAUUCGGAUGGCUGGAGGUCCCACGAUGGCACUGGAUCUGCCCGGCUCCAUUGUGAGCAAGAAAGGGAAGAUGCAUUUGUCACAGCGAGAGCUCAGUGUCAUCAUACCAAACGGACAAUGUUUGCAAGUGAAAUGUGACGUGAAGUCAAGGGGCGGUGAUGUAUUUGACAUGGUCGUGGCGUACACCAACCUCGUGGAGCAUUUCUACUUCGGCCUUGCUUAUCUGAAAGGGAAGGAAUUUUUUUUUCUUGACCCUUUUACCAAGCUGCACAAGACAGCACCGCAUGGCUGGAAGGAUCCUCCCAAGAGAAAAACAGCCAUCGUCAACUUCACUUUAUUUCUAAGGAUCAAGUUCUUUGUUGAACACUUCAGUAUAAUUCAGCACAGUCUAACCAGACAUCAGUAUUACCUGCAGCUGAGGAAGGACAUCCUUGAAGAGCACUUGUACUGCAGUGACGAGACAGCCCUGUUGCUGGGCGCAUUGGCACUGCAAGCAGAGUUUGGAGAGUAUGUUCCAGAGGUGCAUGGCAAGAACUAUUACCGAGUGGAGCACUACAUUCCUCCGAGUGUGCUGGAAAAGAUGGCUAUGACGUGCGUGAAAGAGGAACUGCCACGACUUCACGCCACCUACUUUGACCUGUCUGAAGAGGAGGCCGAGAUGGAGUAUUUGAAGGUCACCCAGCAGCUCCCAGAGUACGGUGUGCUCUUCCACCGAGUGUCUCGGGAGAAGAAGGUUGCCGGGGAGGACAUGGCGUUGGGAAUCUGUGCCAAAGGGAUAAUCGUUUACGAGGUGAAGAACAGCACGAGGAUCGCCAGUCUACGGUUUCAGUGGCGGGAAAUGCAACGGAUCACGUUCAAUAGAAAGAAGUUUACGGUUCAAAGCAGUUCGGACGGGAAGAAACAUGUCUUCCUCACGGAAAACAGCAAGACCUGCAAGUAUCUCAUCGAGCUGUGCUCAGCUCAGCACCGGUUCCAGGUACAGAUGAACUCCCGCCAGCUCAGCCAGGCUGCCUCUGCAAACGAGAGACACGUUUUUCCGUCCAUGCGUUCGAACGAGGAGAAAUACUCCCAGCACCGAUACUUUGAGGAGAUGCGGAAUAUUUCCCGAUCAGAAACCAUCCUGAGCCGACCUAAUAUGGACACCAUCUCCAUUGGAGCACUGAGCAAAUCCUGUGACAAUCUGAUGGCAGGCGUGGAUGCUUCAGGAACCAGCCAAGUCUGGGGCACAAGGGCCGGUGUAUCCCAGUCUGAAAUUCUCCCUGCCUUGAAGGAAAGAAUGAGGUAUUUAGGUUUGCAGAGUGCGAUCUCAAGCCAGGGCGAUGAGGUCGAUCCAUUGAAGAGCAAAGUGGAUGACGAGCUGACAGUUCCUGAACGGGAGAUCGUUUUUGUAAAUCUGAAGAAAGAUCCCAAGUUUAGUUUUGGGUUUACCGUUGUGGGUGGAGAGAGAACUGGAAAAUUAGAUCUGGGGAUCUUUAUCACAGCUAUCGUUCCAGGAGGGCCAGCAGAUAAGGACGGGCGUAUUAAAGAAGGAGGACGCCUGAUCUCAGUGAAUAACGAAAGCCUAGAGGGAGUCACUCUCCGAACUGCCUUGGAGGUUCUUCAGUAUUCCCCUGAUGAAGUGACACUGAUCAUAUCUCAACCGAAAGGUGUAUCUGAGUCAGCUCGUCAAGGUACAGCAACAUCACUGGGUAAGGUGAACAGACGAGAGAGCUCCCAGGAAUGCUGCCGUAGCAGCCUGUGUCCAACAGGCCAGAACCACAACACCCCUGAGACCAGCAGCCCAUCUACCCAGCUCCACAGGACACAGAUGACGGUUGGUGGUUGGACUUCCUCAGUGGAGCGAGAGGUGAAACCAGGAGACAGAUACAGCGUGGAGCUGACUAAAACUGAGGGCAGCCUUGGGGUUAGUGUCACAGGAGGAGUGAACACCAGUGUCAAGCACGGUGGGAUCUACGUGAAGGGAAUCAUACCUGGAGGGGCCGCUGAUCUUGAUGGUCACGUCAGGAGAGGUGAUCGCUUGCAGGAGGUUGAUGGGUUCAGCUUGCAAGACAUCACACAUAAGCAAGCUAUUGAGCGUUUGAAGAACACUGGACAGGUGGUGCGGCUCGUUCUUGAGAGGGGACAUCAGACAGCAGCUGAAGGUCCGGGCAAUGGAAACCAACUGGGGCCCAUUCACGCCGACAGCAUAUACUGGAAACAAGAUGAAUAUCCUGACAACUCCAUGGCAACCACCUCUACUACCAGGUCCAAGGACUACAGCUUUGUGACAGAUGAUAACACGUUUGAGGUGAAGAUGAAGAAAAAUUCCGGAGGUUUGGGAUUCAGUUUCCUACAAUGUGCAUCAGCAGACGAUCCCAGAGGGGGCUUGGUGAGAAUAAAGAGACUGUUCCCGGGGCAGCCUGCAGAAGAGACGGGUCAGAUGGAGGUUGGGGAUGUCAUCCUGGCCGUCAAUGGAGCGGCAGUGAAGGGGCUGUCGUAUCAGGAGGUGCUCCAUCUCCUACGGGGAGCUCCCCCUGAAGUCACCAUGAGGAUGUGCAGAACGGCACCAGGAUUCCUGCCUGAAAUCGACCCCCCCCCCCAAAUCUUGUUAACACUGAACAUCGACAAAGUUGCCCACUGUCCGCCUUUCCUUUUGAAACGCCAGACUCCCAUUGCAUCGCCCAUGAAAGAGUUGUCCGUGUUGAAGCCGCCCGAGCCGCAGUUGCCAGAGCUGCCAGCAGAGGGUGCUCCUCACCAGGGGGCAGAGGUUGGAGAAUGGCCAAAAGGUCUCGGCUGGUCCCGAGACUCGGGCCAUCACCAGCGGGGAUUGGACACGGUCAACGAGGCCUCUGAACAGGAACAGCAAUUCCAAGAGGUACCACUGGACGCCGCAAACUUGGAACUAGUCACUGCUCUUGCGGAAGACCUGAGGAAGAACUGCUACUCCGCCUGUGAUGUACCUGUUGCCCAGGCACAGGCAGAGAGCUUCCGAUGCAGCGUGACUGGGGAACGAGAUUCCAGGUUGCCAGUCUACUUCUACAAGCCCGAAGUGUCGUCGCCCACGCCCGUGGAUGAAGAGUACCUGACCAUCAGCUCAACGUCCUCAAUGUGCGAAAGCCCGGACAGUCAAACACCCAACGGGCCCACCAUCAAACCUCGCAUCAACGUGCCUUCCCCAGAGCCUUCGGGAGCUGCAGAGAAAGACACGAAUGUUAAAGCUGAGUGGGAAGAUUUCGAGGAGAUAGAUUCUGAAGCGGAAGUGGGAUCAAGGAACGAAGAUGAUGAUGAUGAUGAUGAAGAUCCAAAAUUACCCAUAAUACGAGAAUAUGAGAUGUACGUAAACUUGAAGAAAAAUAAGAAGGGGAGUCUGGGUUUCACCAUGGUGCGCAGUAAACUGGACAACUGCUACUACAUCCGCAGUGUGCUGGACAACCCCGCCAAGGCCGACGGCAGACUAAGAGCGGGAGACAGGCUCAUUACGGUAAAUGGCUUUGAUGUCACAAACAUUUCACACGAGAAUGCCAUUAUCCUGCUACGGGUCGCUCCAAUCAAGCUCACCCUGAUGGUGGGACGUGCUGCCCAGAACCUGCUUCCCGUUCUGCCUCUGGAAAAAAUCCCUGACAUCAUCUUGGAGAAAGGCCCGAAUGGACAAUUAGGUUUGAAGUUAACAGGGGGGAUAGGCAGUAAAUGGCAAGGUAUCUAUGUGCUGGAGGUUGUGCCGAAUUCACCCGCCAGCUUGGAAGGCAGCCUGCAGCCAAGAGACAAGAUCCUCUACAUCUGUGAUGUCUGUACCAUGGGCAUGACUCUGGACGAUGCAGUGCGAGCUUGUGACACUCCGAAUGGCCAAAUAACCAUCAAGGCCAUGAGGGAUGGGAAGCCAGUGAUAACUGAAAUGUAUCUGACCGGAACUGCAAGUAGAAAGAAAGCUAAAAACUGCUUGGCGCUACCAGGCAAGUGCAGACCUUCUAACCAGUUAAGGGUUUUUUCCUGUGAUGUAAGACCCCAUGAAUAUAGAGCAAGAAGCUAUGGAGAUCAAAACCACAUGAUUGACAUUUCCCAUUCUUUGUCCAUGAUAAAUUGGGAGCAAACUGGACAGGGACAGAAAAAGGUAUUAUUCUCUACCUUGCCUUAUUUGAUAACCUGCUUGCUUUUGGUUCUAUAUGCACUGAUUUGUAUAUCUUUUUCUUUGCAAACUCAAGGCUUUGGUGAGUUUAAACCAGCAUCAAAAGAAGGACAAAGCCAGCUUGACCAGGAGAGGCUGCGGGUUCUGGAUGGAAAGCAGUCCAAGGAUUAUGUACGGUCCCAACAUAACUCCACCACACUGCCGGGAGAAUCCGAGCAGAGUCUUACAAUCCACAUUGAGUUGGAGAAACCGACAAGUGGCGGCUUGGGCUUUGCAUUAGUGGGUGGUGACGGUGGAACGGCUGUGCUGGUGAAGGCUAUUGGCUCAGGCAGUGCGGCAGGUCUGGAUGGAAGGCUCAACGUCCGUGACCGGCUUUUACAGGUCAAUGAGGAGGAUCUGUCUGGUCUGAGCCACAGUGAAGUUGUUGAGAUUCUGCGCAGAGCGCAAGGUUCGGUGAUGCUGACCAUCGGUAGGAAGCCACCCGUCCAGUUGCACGACCCGCAAGGCACCGGGCAAACCUCUCCCACAAAGAUGCGAUUCCAACAGCAAAAUCCACAAGGAUUUGAUGCAGAGCGCCCAAGAGAAAGCCCUGGAGAUCCUGAUGAGAUUCCCAGGGAUAAUGGUGUCCGUGGGACAGAGGAGCGGAAUGGCAAAGACAACUUGCAACACAGUGCUGACUGCGCAGCGGAUUGCUUCAGUGGAAGGGGUGCGGGAGGAAGGGCGAGUGUUAGUGAAUAUGAAGAUGAGGGUGGCGAUGAGGAGGAGAGGUGUGAUUCAGGCAGCUGGAGCAGUGAUGAUGAUCAGCCUGGUCUCUCCAGCAGAACGUCUGCACCCCCUACAGCAGGAGAUCCCAUCGUGUCAGAGGAGGAGCUGAUGAGUCUGGCUUUGUGGAAAGCUCCAGUUGGCAGCAGGUACCGAGGAGGGAGUCUGGAAACGCUCAUCUCCAACCUUCAGCAGCAGCUCAAUCAGCAGCAGCCUCUCAAAGAGUUCAUGACACUAGAACAUCUGAAACCAAUUGAUGACUGUCUGGUGGGGAAAGCUGCAGAAAACAGAGAAAAGAACAGAUAUAGAGAUAUCCUGCCCUAUGAUAAAACCCGUGUCCACGUCGGAGACCAGGGCUACAUCAACGCGAGCCACGUCAGGAUGUCCUUUGGCACCGAGCGGUAUUUCUACAUCGCCUGCCAAGGUCCUCUCCCCGGCACCACAAGUGACUUCUGGCAAAUGGUCUGGGAAAACAAGGCUGACGUGGUGGCCAUGAUGACCCGCCAACAAGAGCGGGGAAAGGUCAAGUGCCAUGGUUACUGGCCAGACAAACUCUACAAACCAAUGAACGUCAACAUGUACCAGCUUAUCCUGGAGAAGCACCAGGUAGUGGAUUCCUUCGAAAUAAAUGUCAUAAGGAUGGCAGAGAUUGAGACAGGGGAAGUACACUAUGUCAAACAUCUGAGAUUCGUCAGUUGGCCUGACCAUGGUGUCCCACACUCAUGCGAGGAGCUUGUGCGCUUUAUUCUGUACAUGGGAGAUGUCCACCACACAGGACCUUUGGUGGUGCAUUGCAGCGCUGGUAUUGGGAGAAGCGGAGUCCUCAUCUGUACCCAUGUUCUCCUGAGCUUGAUCAACAAGGGACUCAGGUUUGACAUUAUGGAUAUAGUGAAGGAAAUGAGAAACCAACGUCAUGGAAUGAUUCAGACCAAGGAUCAGUAUUUGUUCUGCUACAGCAUGGCACUGGAGAUUUUAAUGGGCAUUCAGCAGAUAAACCAACAAGAAGCGGAGUUGUCGUGACAAAGUACGGCACGGCGGCUGGGAACACAUGGCAGCUGGGAGCACGGCACUGUGUGAGCCAGCAAGUACAACUCUACUCGACUGCAAUUUGAUCAAGAAAGGUGGUGCAAAGCCAACACUUUCCAAAGGUGUAGCUGUGCUCUCUCCCCUUGGUCAUCAUAACUAAAGAAGCUAUAACCAAAUCUGUUCAUAGUGUAUGUACCUGUAACUCUCGUAAGCACACAUUUCUGUUAUUUUCCCGUUAAUGUUUCUUUGAAACGCUAAAUGCCACAAAUGUUUUCAACCCAACCAAGCUAGUUGUCAUUUAGUUUGAUCUACUCAUGAAUCCCCCUCCUCAUGACUUUAGAACAUAGAACAGGACAGCACAGGGACAAGCCCUUGGGCCCAUAAUGCCCAUGGCGAACAUGAUGCCAAGUUAAACUAAUCUCUUUUAGAAGGGAGGUGAGGAGGAACUUCUUUGCUCAGAGGGUAGUUAAUCUGUGGAACUCAUUGCCACAGAAGGCUGUGGAGACCAAGUCAGUGGAUAUUUUUAAGGCAGAGAUAGGCAAAUUCUUGAUCAGAACAGGUGUCAAGGGUUAUGGGGAGAAGGCAGGAAAAUGGGAUUAGGAAGCAGAGAUCAGCCAUGAAUGGUGGAGUAGACACGAUGGGCCGAAUGGCCUCAUUUUACUCCUAUAACUUGUGAACUUGUGCACAUGUUCCAUAUUCCUCCUUAUCCAUGUGCCUAUCUAAAAGUAUCAUAUAGCCUCCUCCAUCAACAUUGACAUCAGUUCCAGACAUUUGAUACUCUGCUCUCCUGAGAACUUGCUUUUUUUUCUCCAACUGCUCUUAAUUUUAAUUGACCAAAGUCAAGCUAAAGUACAGAGGUUUGGAAAAUCGAUGUGAAGAUAUUGAAUGGAAGCUACAGUAGCUCCUCUCAGUAAAGGGGAGGGAAAUACAAUGUGGAAAAUGGUGAAAGAUGAAGUAUAUCCAUGAAAUCAUCUCAGUCACUUCCUGAAGUGUGGCCACCAGGUUUGAUGAACACUUUCCACGUCUGGCAGUAACGAACAUUGUCAUUAGCUGCGCCCUAAUGAGUAAAAGUUACCACAUGUGAAGUAACAUCAGGUCAUAAUGGUAAGAUGGAUGUGUGUGUCAAAUAGAAUCUUUAGAGAUAUUAUAUGCCCUUCAGAAAAGUAAUCCCAAAUGCAGUUAUUGAUUGAAAUGCAGGUGAACAGUCAGACAUUUCAGGAAUAAUGUAAUAAUAAAUCUGAUUUGUAUAUUUGAUUCAAUAGUUUGCAACCAAUUUUAAAAUUACUUCAACUUUCAGACGGAUUAUUUAUUUGAUGAAUUGAAUUGUUUCUUUACAAUCUAUUUUAAUGGAUGAAGAAAAACUUUGUAUUGUGGUUGCUAUUAAUUAUGGAGUCAUAGUGUGAUAUAGUACAGACAGACCCUUUGGCCCAUCAUGUCCAUGCUGACCACAAAGCAUGUAUACUAAUCAUAUUUACCAAUAUUUUGGCGAUAGCCUUCUAGUCUUGGCAGUUCAAAUGCUCACCAGAUACUUUUUAAAUGAUCUUCCCUCUAAAGGCUUCCUAUAAUCUACUGGAAAGGGAAAAAGAGACAAUACAAAGAAAAUAGCACAGGGAAUGUGGAAGGAAAUUACUUUUUGUAUGUAUAACUGUACAUUUAUAAUUUUUUUAAUGCGUAACAACAAAUAAAGAAUUAUUUUUUACAAUGUCCCGAGA